AUGGCGAAUGAGAAGGAGACAGAGACCAAGCAGGCUGGGGCGGGCUCGGAGCGGCCGAAGGUGGCGAAGAACGGCGCUCAGGACGAUGAAGAGCCGAAAAAAACCAUUCCUCUCGACGAAGCAGACAUCAACAUCCUCAAGUCUUACGGUUUGUCUCCCUACGCCUUUGCGAUUAAGCGCCUGGACACCGACAUCAAGGGUUUGUCCGAGAAGAUCACCAAGCUGUGUGGAGUUCGCGAAAGCGACACGGGGCUCUGUCCGCCGUCGCAGUGGGAUCUGGCUGCCGACAAGCAGCUGAUGCAGGAACAGCCUUUGCAAGUCGCGCGGUGCACGAAAAUCAUCUACCCUGGCGGCCAGGCGCCUCAGCGCAACGCAGACGGGGGCAACGCGAACGGCGAGGCCGGGCGAGCUGGCGAGAGCCGGCCUGCCUCAGAGGGCGUCGGGGCGUCGUCCUUUGGGGCUGGUGCCGGAGAAGACGAAGAACCGAAAUACAUCAUCAACGUGAAGCAAAUCGCAAAGUUCGUCGUCGGCCUCGGCGAGAAAGUCGCUGCGAUGGACAUCGAAGAAGGCAUGCGAGUCGGAGUCGACCGCAACAAGUACAAAAUCCAAAUUCCGCUUCCGCCCAAGAUUGACCCUACAGUCACCAUGAUGACAGUCGAAGAGAAGCCGGAUGUGACUUACAACGACGUCGGCGGCGCGAAGGAGCAACUCGAGAAGCUGCGAGAAGUCCUCGAACUUCCUCUGCUUCAUCCGGAGAGAUUCCUCUCUCUCGGCAUCGAUCCGCCCAAGGGCGUCCUGCUCUACGGGCCACCAGGGACGGGGAAAACGCUCACGGCCCGCGCCGUCGCAAAUCGAACAGAUGCAUGCUUCAUCUGCGUCAUCGGCUCCGAACUUGUGCAAAAGUACGUCGGCGAGGGGGCUCGAAUGGUGCGAGAGCUCUUUCAGAUGGCGCGCAGCAGACGCGCAUGCAUUUUAUUCAUCGACGAGGUGGACGCGAUCGGCGGAAGCCGAGGGAGCGAGGGCGAGGGGAAUGCUCACGGUGACCACGAAGUGCAAAGAACGAUGCUCGAAAUUGUGAAUCAGCUAGAUGGCUUCGAAGCUCGUGGAAACAUCAAAGUUCUCAUGGCCACCAACCGUCCAGACACCCUGGACCCAGCCCUGCUUCGUCCCGGCCGUCUCGACAGAAAGAUCGAGUUCGGUCUUCCGGACCUCGAGGGAAGAACACACAUCUUCAAGAUUCAUGCAAAGACUCUCAGCGUCGAUCGCAACAUCCGCUACGAACUCCUCGCCCGCCUGUGCCCCAACAGCACAGGCGCUGACAUCCGCUCUGUUUGUACAGAGGCAGGCAUCUUGGCCAUUCGCGCCAGAAAGAAGAGCAUCAGCGAGAAAAACUUCAUCGAUGCCAUCAACCGAGUCAUCAAAGGGUACAAAAAGUUCAGUGCGACUGCCAAGUAUAUGGUCUACAACUGA